GGGAAUAUCUGGAAAAGAAAGCAAUGAAAGCCAAUAACUUCAAGACAUUGUGCCGAAGUAGGUUCAUUCCUUUUUUUGACAGAAUAAUUGGACUGGCAGAUCAGGUAGUUGUGGUCAGCUGAUAAUUGACCUUGAUUGGACAAAGACUCUUCCAGACAAGAUAGAGAAUUGUGGGUUAGGCAACAGUAUUAGGUAGAGUUUGUGCUGGUUAAAUGUCUGGAGCUAAAGAGUGGCCUGCGAGGAGCUCAGGAGUCCAUAGAACUAUACUGUUAUCCAUCUGGUCAGUUAAGGAUCCCUUAGAGCUGUAGAAGAGGCCGGUGUCUAGAACAAAGGAUGUAGUGGGUUUGCUCUCAGCAGAUUCUAUAGAGAAUUGUCAGAGCACCACACUAAAGGAAGGAUGUUUAACUAGCCGGAGGAACAUGACCAGGAUUUGGGAGACUAAAGAUCAUGUCACAAAAAGAUUGGUUGAAGGAAUUGGAGUUGUUUAGCUAGGAGAAUAAAACCCUUGGGGGUAGAAAGGAAGACAUGACCCUUAUUUUCAAGUAUCUGCAACACUAUCACAUAAAAGAAGGCUCCAUUUGAUUUAUUUGUUUGAAUCUGGAGGGAAAACUAAAAGUAAAGAUCUGAAAGUGCAAAGAGGCAGAUUUAGCUUUUUCCAUGGGAAGGGAGAACUUCUGAACAAUUGGGGCUCUCCAAAGGUGAAACGGUUUGUCUCCAGAAAGAAUGAGUUUUCCUCCUUCAUUCGAAAUCUUCAAGUGACAAAUGGAUGAGCCCUUGUUGGGAACGUUGCCUAGAGAUCCUAGAUCAGGACAAGAAGACCGAGGCGGCCAUCAAGAUCCAGGCCUGGUGGAGAGGCCUGCUGGUGCGGCGGACGCUGCUGCACGCGGCGCUGCGAGCCUGGAUCAUCCAGUGCUGGUGGCGCGCGGCGCUGGCCCGCGCCCUGGACAAGCGGCGCCGGACCAUGCUGCUGCUGUACUCGCGGCAGGAGGGCGCCGUGGUCAAGCUGCAGGCGCGGGCGCGCAUGUGGCGCAUCCGCCGCUGCUUCUGCCGGGCGCGGGCGGCCGCCUGCAUCAUCCAGGCGUACUGGCGCUGGUACGCCAGCCGGCACCGCAAGCUGCAGAGCAGCCACACGACGGCCGAGCACUUGGAGAUCGAUAUAAAGAUUCUGGUUUAGAAAUUCCGGGGCCCUGCGGACGGGGCUAGCGGGGGAGGGGCCCCGGAGAACUCUACCUCUUUCAAUAAAGAGUAUGGACUGGAUAGGCCCGGCUCGGCCCGGCCGCU